AAAAUGGUAAACAAACUAUUCCCUAUAAUAAAUAAACCGUCUCAUUUAAUUUGAAAAUAUUUAAAAUACCACUACAUAUUUAUUUGUAAUUACCUUUGAUCGAUUUGUAUAGGCGGCCAAGGUUUAUUAAAAUACAGGGUAAUGGAGAACAAGUGUCGAGUUUGCCUGGCAAGCUCAAAAAACAUGGUGAACAUUUUCGAGGAAAGGCAGGAUCUUCCAGUUUCAAUAGCCCAUAUGAUAAUUGAAUGCACCGGCUUCAAAGUUGAAAAAGGGGACUCAUUACCGCACUCAAUAUGCCCACCAUGUGUGAAGGAUGCCCACAAUGCGUUUACGAUCAUAAAAACCUACGAACGCAGCUACCAGGUCUUCUAUGAAGUGCAGGACACGGUUCUCGAGGAAGAACUCUCGGAGGAUGUAAUCAUCGAGCUAUCAGACUCCGACGAGGUAAUACUCAUCGAUGAACAAGAGGAGAAAGUUCAUUUGAGUGAAAACAAGGCACCUACGAAUGAAGUCAGCACCCAGGAAGAAUCUAAAACUGCUCAAUCCGACAAUGUUUCCGAGGAUAAGGGUCACAUCUGCACACAGUGUCACAUGUCCUUUCGGAGACCUGGUCUCCUAGAGCUACACAUCCUGCGACACCACACAACGGACGGACCCCGUCCAAUGUCCUCCACCAGCGAGCACGCGGUCAAAGAAGAGUUGAGGACGAAAGCCAGACAGCUUUCAAGGAAUUCUACGCACACCUGCCGCCUUUGUAACAAGACCUUCUGCAGCAAAGCAAGCUGUGUCCGCCACCAAAAGACCCACACGGGGGAAAAACCCUUCGCCUGCGAAAUUUGCCAAAAGCCAUUUGCGGAUCUUGCUUCCGUCAAAAGACAUCUAAGGACUCACACGGGAGAAAGACCAUUCAAGUGCCUUACCUGCCAGUCGGCCUUCUCGGAUGGAUCUGCUCUAAGGCAGCACAUUCGAAUUCACACAGGAGAAAGACCGUACAAGUGCGAUAUGUGCGAUAAGUUCUUCCGGGAGCGGUCAGAUGCUCGGAAGCACAUGAUGAGCCACACCGCAGAAAAGCGAUUCAAGUGUUCCCAAUGCGAGCGGCGUUUCCGCCAACCAAAAGGUCUGCGUAGGCAUGUAAAGCUUUGCCAUACGGACAAGGUCGAGAACGCGGCUAUAUCUUAAGCUUCAUUUAGUUUAAACAUUUAAAAAUUAAUUAUUUUUUUUAGGUAUAAGUAUAAAACGCUCAAUAAAAAUGAAUACCAUCUGGGAUAUAUUU